GGCAAAGGGCAAGCGGAAUGUAAACACGGGACCGGAGGAGUGGUCCUCAGGUAGCUGGCUCCCGGGUCGUUGCUGGAAACCGGCGGGAGAGCAGGCGAGGCGGGCGAGUGGGUCUUGUGCGCGGGGGAGUAAGGAGCUUCAGAAGUCGGAGAUUCAGCUGGGUUUUGGCAAAGCCGGGACGCUAAGAAUGGCUUCCUUUGGAUGGAAGAGGAAAAUUGGUGAGAAGGUCUCAAAGGUCACUUCCCAGCAGUUUGAAGCUGAAGCUGCUGAUGAAAAGGACGCCGUUGAGAGUGAUGAAGGGAACUGGCUUCAUGCCAUUAAACGUAGGAAAGAAAUUCUCCUUGAAGACUGUGCCGAGAAAAGUAAGCAGCUAAAGGAUGAAGGAGCCAAUCUGGCUGAAAAGAAAAGAUAUCGAGAGGCGAUUCAGAAGUGGGAUGAAGCACUGCAGUUAACCCCAAAUGAUGCCACCCUGUAUGAGAUGAAAUCACAGGUCCUAAUGUCGCUUCAUGAAAUGUUUCCUGCAGUUCAUGCAGCAGAAAUGGCCGUCCAGAGAAAUCCACAUUCAUGGGAGUCUUGGCAAACUUUGGGGCGUGCUCAGCUUGGAUUAGGAGAGAUAGUCUUGGCCAUUCGAAGUUUUCAAGUGGCCCUUCACAUCUAUCCGAUGAACCCUGAGAUAUGGAAAGAAGACCUCUCUUGGGCGAGAAAGCUCCAGCAGCAGCAGAAGGUGGCCCAGAGGGUGAGAAAGAGCGAAGCACCGGCCGAAGUCACACACGCCUCCCCAAAGUCCAUUCCCGACUAUGACUUUGAAAGUGAUGAGAUCGUUGCUGUUUGUGCAGCUAUUGCUGAAAAACAAAAGCCAGUUUCAGCAAAUAAAACAAUGGUUAUUGUGUCAGCUUCUGGGACUGUAGAGACUGUAACGGAGAAGGAAGAUGGUGCGGCACCCCCAGAUGGCUCUGUUUUUAUCAAAGCCCGAUGAAGCUUAGCAGGAGCUAUUUGAAUCUACCCUUUUGCUUUAAGGUUUAGGCAUACGGGCAUUUGCUCUGGAGAAAACUCCUGUUUGUAAAAUAAGUUUUUCAGAUGAGACAUAUAAAAACUAAAGGGUAGAAUUGUUAUGCAGUGUUUGGACUAUGCUUUGAUAAGUUAAUGAUAUAACUUCUUAAGAUUAGUAUUCUGACUACAGUGGUUUUUGGCUAAUAAACUUAAUCCAAAUAUAUGAGUGAAUACCUUUAAAGACAAACUUGCAAGUGAAUGCUCAAAUAGUGACUAACUUGAUGGCCAGUGUUAUUGAAAUGUUGACUUGUUGGCUUUUUGAUGAUAAAGCAAGUAGGUGAUUUUUCUCCCUCCUAAAAAUACACUGCUGUUGCUAUUCACUCUCUUUAGAGUAACUUGAUCACAAAGCUUGAGUAUUUUUUAUGUUCAUUUUGACUCAAAGUUGUUACUUGGUUAUAUGUAGAGUCUUUGAAAGUUUGGCUGGAAAUGCAUGCAAAUGUAUACAUUCUGGAUGUUUUCUAUAGAUACUCUUAAUUCUGACCUAUGCUUGUUUUGACUGUAAAAUUAUUAUAACCAUGGUAGUUACCACCUUCAGUAUUUGUUGGACCUGGGAAGUGUACUGAUAAAUAGUAAGAAUGAUGGUUUUAUUUUUUUAAUUGUUAAAGUAGAUAGUCCUUACCACAAGCGAGUCAUUUUUAAGACGUGCAUUUUUUAAAUGAAUGGCUCUUAUAGUUACAUCAUAAAUUGUAUCGCAAUGUUGUGCCAGUCAAAAGCAAUAUUUUCUUUAUUUUUACAAGCUUAAAAACCUUGCCCUGGCUGGUGUGGCUCAGUUGGCUGAGCGAUGUCCAAUGCACGUGAGAAGUGUCCAGUUCCAUUCCCAAUCAGGGCACACGCCCAGGUGCCGGCUCAGUCCCCAGUAGGGGGCGUGCAGGAGGCAGCCAGUUGAUGUUUCUCUCUCUCUCUAAAAUUAAUAAACACAUAUUUAAGAAAAAUAAAUAAAUAAAAGCUUAAAAUCUUAAAAGUAACAUCUUUUGCUUAUACCUUUUCAGCUGAUGGUUGAGAAUUCCUUUUCUAGAUGACUUGUUUGGAACAGCUCAAUAAAAUGAGAAAUAAUCACAAUUUUAAAUAACUAAAUUAUAUCUUUGUAAAAAUAAACCAUGUAGGUAUGUUAUUAGAGUUCCAAUGAGGGAAUAACUUAGGCACAGCAUACAAGGAAACUGAAAUGUGGUUCAUAGUACGAUCUCAUAAAGAGAAGGAUAUACUGAAGAAAUAGUUAAUUGAAACACCAUGGUUCCAUCCACAAGGCAAUAUUGUCAUUACUAAUGUGGAUUAUUGUUU